CUAGGGAGAACAGCAGCUGCAGCCAGAGGGGCAGCAGAGGUGGAGAAAAAAUGAAAUUUGGCCAGUCAGCGCAUACUCAUAUCAUUAUGCAACUACUGAUGGUGUGUCAAGCUCUUUUCCCUUGCGAUGGAGGCAACGUGAAGAUAGGAGUCCCGGAAAACUACGAUGGCAUAUUCCCAUGGUACCUUGCCAAGCUGCACGAUCUCCCAUUGACCUACACGGACCUGCAGUUGUCGGGGGACGAGGAGGGCAUCUUUGGGGUGGAGGGAGGCAUGCUGUACGCACUCAAGCCCCUCGACCGAGAGAAGCAGCCAUCAUACUCCUUACAGGUGUCCUUCACCACAGCCGUGCGCACCCAGAGCUUCACGGUGGAGGUGUGUGUGAUCGACAAGAACGACAACGUGCCGACAUUCAUCGAGGAGAGCAUGAGGGGGAGCGUGCAGCUGGGCCUGCUGAAAGGUAUUCCCUUCAUGCAGGUGGAGGCGUCAGAUCGUGACGAGCGGAACACCCCCCACGCUGAGCUGCGCUUCAGCCUCAUGGACCAGACGCCACGCAUCCCCACCACACACAUGUUCCACGUAGACACACACUCCGGAGAGGUGUCCCUUACAGAGGACGGUGCUUCUACACUGGACCCUGAGAUGUGUGGUCGCUACAAGCUGUUGGUGAUGGUGCGUGACAUGGGAGGGGACGCCAACUCCUUCUUCUCCACCGGCAUGGUCAUCGUGGAGGUGACCGGCAACACCUGGGCCUCCCCCGACCCCGUCAGGCUACAGGAGAACCUCCCCGGGCCGUACCCAAUACCCAUAUCACAGGUGAAGUGGAGUGGUAGUUUAGUGGAGUACAGUCUGGAGGGCGAGUUCCCUGAGAUGCUCUUCACCAUCAGCAGAGAGGGAGUCAUCUACCUCAACGCCCCCCUGGACCGGGAAACACAAGACCAGUUCCAUAUCAGUAUAGUGGUGGAGCGGCCGGACGGUAGGGAGAUUGCCAAGCCCGUGGAGCUGCGGGUCAUGGUGGGAGACGCCAACGACAACCGGCCCACCUUCCCCCAGACCCAGUACCACGCCGUGGUGAAGGAACUGGCCGUCAAAGGCACAGAGAUCCUGACCGUCCAGGCGGCAGACAACGACGACCCAAAGACGGACAACGUGCGUAUCUUCUACCGGCUAGUGGGGCAGGUUCCAGAGAGCCCGCGCACGCUCUUCAGAGUCGACCGCGACUCCGGUGUCAUCAGCCUCCUGGCCAAUAGCAUGGAGGGAACCUCCCCUCAGUACACACUCACCAUCACCGCGGAGGACGCCAAGGGUCUGAACAGCUCUUGCUCCGUGGUCAUCACAGUACAGGAUGAGAACAACAACCCACCAGUCUUCUCCCAGCAUGAGUACGGCCCAUUCUACCUGGCGGAGGAUGCUGAUCUGGGUACCACGGUAACCACCAUCUGUGCGUGGGAUGCUGAUGAGAGGGGCGGGGACAGCUGGCUGAUCGACUACCGGCUGGAGUCGGGAAACGAGGACGAGGUGUUCAGCCUGCACACAGACAGGCAGACCAACGAGGUCUCCUUGCUACUGGAUAAGGUUCUGGAUUUUGAGCGGGAGAGCGAGUACAUCCUGGUGGUGAGUGCCCAGAAUCCCGUGGGGCUGGUGCGCGGUCGCUACGGCCCCGCAUCCACGGCAACAGUCUCCAUCUUUGUUGACGACAUCAACGAGGGCCCCGUGCUGUCCCAGAGCCACUACGAGGUCAAUGUCCGAGAAGGGGAGGAGCCGGGACGCGUCAUCGCCACCAUACGGGGAUACGACCCCGACUCUCACCCAAUCAGGUACUCUCUGCGAGGGGACACUAAGAGGUACUUCUCCAUCGGGAAAUACUCUGGCGAGCUGAAGACGGUGCAGGCUCUAGAUCGGGAGGAGAACAGCACAUACACCAUGGAGGUGGUGGCAGAGGACGGGAGAAACUCGUCUCUGUCGGCGUCCACGUUGGUGACGGUGCACAUCCUGGAUGUGAAUGACAACAGCCCGGUGCUAGUGGGGGACUACUCCUGGAAGUACCUGUGCACCCCGCGCUGGGACGAGCAGGCCCUGGUACUCGCCUCCAGGGACAGCGACGGGCCGCAGCAUGGAGGACGACUCAACUUCUCACUACGAGCAGACGCCACCGUACGCCGCAACUGGAAACUAACACCCAUUAAUGAUACCCACACCAACCUGUCUCUGAAUACUCCCUUCCUGGCUCCUGAGGUCUACACUGUGCCCUUCACCAUCUCCGACAGCAGCUCUCCCCCGCGCAGCACCUUCAUCAACCUGCCAGUGACUGUGUGUACGUGUAACGUGCGUGGCUACUGUCGCGUGGCGGCGAAGCAGCUGCAGGGGAUGCCGAGCGUCCAAUCAACCGUCGGCAUCCUUGUGGGCACUCUGGGUGUCAUCGGGAUCAUCCUCAUCGUGGUGUUUAUGCGGCUGUCCUAUCAGAACCCAAAGCAGCCCAGCAAAGCCAGCCAGGAGACAGUCCCCCUCAGAAGCUCACUCUGACACGCACACUCACACAUGCACACACGCAGA